GAUGAGAGGCUAGAGAAUAAUUUUUUUAAUAAUUAUAAUUUUACGGUUAAUCAAAUAAAAUUUCUUUUCCUUCGACUACCAAAGUACAGAAGAAUUUUUCCCCCAUGUGUCUGAGAUGUAUAGUGAGAGAAUUCAAGAAACUUCGUGUACAACUGAACGCGGUGACUAUUUUGACAAUUUUCUUCAAAACGAGAACGAAAUUAAUUUUAAACGAGUUUUGAGGACUCGAAAAACCACAUUCUUGAGUGAAGAUUUUGUUCUACAAAAAGCAAGAUUACAGGACGUCGAGAUAACGAGAAGGGGGGAGUUCAGAAAACUGGUGUUCCAUUUAAACAAGAAAAAAAGGAGGACCGGUUUGAGGCUCAACAAAAAAUUGUCAAGGAUCAGCAAAAACCGGAUUCGUCGGUUGAUCCUGAAACUUCAAGUUUUUUUUUAUCUAAAGAUAGAACCUUACCUAAAACUCAAGAAAAAGGAAUCCAAAUGAAUCGUCUGCCCAGUACUGAGACCCUCAUCGUCGAAGAUUCAGAUGAUGAGAAGGUCUCAUCUCGAUGACCUUCUGAGCCGAAUCUGACAUCAUCGCAAAUUGGAUGUAACAUGAUUAUACAUAGUAUCAAUUAUUCGCACUUGUAUGUAUGACCACACCAGCAAAAGAGGAAAUCCAUAUAACUAUGCAUCUUAAGAAUCGUAUAACGACCUCUGUCACGGUCUCAGAUCGUUUAAACCUUCCACUGACCAAUAGGCGGCUUUGUCUCGGGGAAAGUGUAGUUGCUUCCAUCUCCUGAGUAAACUUCUCACAACGACUCAGUUCUUCGUAAGACGUUCGAGACAAUCGACGGAUUUAAGUUUCAGUCGGACUGAAACAGUUUCUUCUGAUUUUUCUGAACAAAAAUCAGAGAGAUGAAGUCUCUCUACUUUGUUGUUUUUUUGCUCUCCAUCUCCUUAAUCGCUGAUGUGGACGCUGGUUGGAAAUUCUGGAAGAAGAAGAAGGAUGAUAACAGCACAGAAACAGAACCAACUCCGAUUUCAAAUCCUGAAUCAGUUAUAACACCGGGUCCAACAACAAAAGCUCCAACAACGAAAGCACCAACAACGAAGGCACCAGCACCUGUUAAUACAAACAAAGCUUUGGCAGGAGCAGCUGAUCCAGGAUUGGUAAUUGGAGUUGGAAACACUGGAGGAAAUAUCAGAGACAAUUCUAGACCCCAGAGACCUAAUCCAGGAACUGAGGUGGGUUUGGAUCUACCAAAACCCAAACCAAGUAAUGGAUACAGGGACUGGGCUAUUGAUUUGACUGGUGCUGGUGAUGGAAGGAUACCGCCGAAGCUUCCAAGUCAGGGCCCUGCUGUUUCUCCUGGUCAACAACCUCGCCCAGGUAGUCCAGUUCCCGGAAGUCCUAGUCAGUUACCAGCUUCAGGAACACCAAGACCACAAACUCCACCAUCUUCUCCAAAACCAGGAACUGGCCAACAAGUUCCUUCUGCAGGACCAGGAUCUUUAGGAUAUCCUUCCCAACCUCAAAAAACAGGAACACCAGGUCAAGAAAUUCCUUCUGCAGGCCCAGGAUCCUUAAGUUCUCCUUCUCAAACUCCAAGACCAGGAACACUGGGUCAGUCAAUACCUUCUCCAGGACCCGGAUCUUUAGGAUAUCCUUCUCAACCUUCAAAACCAGCGAGUCCCACUAAUCCAGGAAGUCAGCAGAAUUUCCCAAAACUUCCUUCACCAUCUUCUGGACCAGGAAGUAUUGGAACACCAUCUAGUGGAAGUCAGUCUCCAACAGGUGGUAAAACAUUCGCAGAAAUUGCCGCUGGUGGCAGUAGACCCAGUUCCCCAACUCCAGGACCCAAACAGGGUCAUCCAAAUUCCAGUUUAGGUCAAACUGGACAAGUUCAACCAGGAGGAACCCAACCAGCUUCGCAGCCAGGAAAAACUGGAAUUCCAACAGGAACUCUUGCUGCUGGUGCAGUUGCUGGUGCAGCUGCUGGAGCUGCAACUACCGGUCAGCAAUUCUCGGCUAAUCCUACAUUCAGCAAAGGCAACACAGUCACUAAUGAAGAUCUGGAAAAAUUGUCUGAGGCUCUCUUUAUCAAAGAUACGAACAAUGCCAUGAAGCACAUCACUCUGAAUCUUCAAAAACAAACUUCAGGAAACAGUCCUGUCGAUGAAGCACCUCAACCGUUGUUAAACGUGAAACCUGAAGCUCUCCAAAUCCCAACGAUUCAAAAAGUACUUUCCAUCUACGAUAAUUACCAACUGGACACCAGAACCAAUGAAUAUAUCAGUCCAGCACAACGUCAAGAAGAAAGUCUUCUGGUGGACACUUUCUUGAGUACAAAUGUCAUGUCCUAUGCGAUGAGGUUCCUAGCAGAUAAAGGUCUUGUCAGAAAGGACUAUUACGAGUACAAGGAUCUGCUCAGAAGGAUGUGGUUUAAUCUUUUCUCGCGAGGUGAGGGAAAAAUUGGUAGCAGUGGUUUCGAGCAUGUCUUCAUGACGGAAUUGAAAUUGGGAACAGAAGUUUCUGGACUUCAUAAUUGGAUUUAUUUCAAUGCAGAGGAGUUAAAGAGGAGGGCUGACUAUCUAGGGUACAUCAAGAAAGUUGAUCUUGGAGAUAAAGCCGCAAUCGUGAAGAUCCAUGCCAAAUUUAAUGGAGUCGACAAACCAGUGACGACCAUGUUUAUCGGAACCUCUCCGGAACUCGAAAUGUCUCUUUACACGGUUUGCUUCCUGGCUCGACCAGAUCAAUCUUGUCCUGUUUCUUUGGGAGGCAAAAAGUUCAACAUUGUCACUCACAAAUUUAGAUAUCGAGGAAAGGACCUUGUUGGAUCUGCUUACCCAGAAAUCUAAAUAUUUAGAUUAAAAAAUAUAUAAAUAAACUUAAGGCCAUGCAAUUCUAAUAUGAUUCCUACCUUACCGACAUUUUUCUUAACAAUCUAUCAUCUAAACGAAUUGAAAAUUCAAGUUGAAAUUUUUUGAAAAUUAAUUAAAAGACACUAAGGAACGUUUAUGUGUACCGAAAAUUUCCAAAAAUAAAAAAAAAAUGAAUUAUGAAAAAUGUUUGAACAUUUUUUAUUCGUCCUUUCAAGAAUUUAAGUCCACACGUACGUUCCUUGGUGUCCUUUAAUUAAUUUAUCAAAUUUUCAGCUUGAUAUUCCAACUGGUAGACACGUGAAUCUUUGAUGAAAAAAUGUCGGUAAGGUAGGAAUCGAUUAAGUAUUACAUGGCCUUAAGAAUUCUCCAUAGGAAUAAUUUUAGAAUUAAAAAAUUUAUGUGAACAAGUGUCAAGUGUGCCAUUUUACAAUGAGAUUUUUUCUUUUAUCCUCUCUUAUAUAAAUUUAUUUAUUCUUUUGAUAAAAGAUGGGUGGAUUUUUAAUUUUUAUUAUUGUAACUCUGUGACUUCGCAAAAGCUGUGAAAAAUAGUUUUAGUAUAAUGCAAUAAAGAUUUUAAAUUUCCGUGUA